AUGUUUCCUCCGAUUCGGCCGCUCCUAUUCCCCGUUCUUCCAACGCAGCCACCAAGAGACAAUUCGACUUCAAACACGCCGGGAAACGAACAACAGGAAUCCCAAGACAGCUUGACCGGUGUUCCGGAGAAUCACAAGGGAGAGACUGCCGAGCAAGAAGCCAAAGUGCUGCUGGAUAGCUUUGCGACGAUGGCCGUCGAGGGUGCUGCUGGGAAAUUCGGAUAUCCUCUUGACGAAGAGACUGCGGAGGGUUCUACUGCACUUAUUGCAGCAGCACCGGCUGAUAUCACGCCUGACACACCCGAAGCAGCCGCGGAGAAAUCUGCAGAAGAAAAGACCAAAAAGCCCAUGAAGAAGAAGGUAUCCCAAGGAAUGGAUAAAGCCAUGCGAGUGGAUUGCAGUAUUCUUUCUCCUACUCCACCAUUCUAUCUCAUUUCAACACGCCUCCGCAUCUCAGGUAUCUUGAGCAUCGUGUGUCUCGUCGCCCCAUUCGCAUCCAGUUAUUGGAUCAUCAAACUUGUCGGAUUCGCUCUAGGAUUCGCCUUCUUCGGUGCACCGGCUUUCACCUACACGACGGAUCUUCUCAACCGCAAAUUUCCAGACUGGAAGGAGCAGCUCGAUAUCAACAUGACACUUCUGAAAGGAGUACCCACAAACGCCCAACUAACCUUAACACUCCUCCGAAUCGGUGAAAUCAAUUCAUCACCUCUCCCACCACCACCAACAACCGAGGACAGUGAGCCCGCAUGGCCAAUCAAGCGCAAGAAGUCCAAGGCAGUGACCAUUCCCCAAACAGGCGACUUGGCUAGCGUUUCAACCGACUCAAGCACCAACCUAUCAUCCGAGAGCCUCGCCGCAUCAAAACCCAAAAAGCGAACGAUCUUCAAAAUCCUCAAGUUCUUCCGCCGCACAAUCGCAACCGCAAUUCGCGGCCACGUUGCCUUCGACCGAGCAAUGGCAAUAGCAGGAUCAGCACACACAAAGAAUCUCCUAGGCAUGCUCCAAAACCAUCGCUUCUCCGGCACACCAUACGGGCCAUUGAAAUUUGAUGCAAAGUUCGAGCGCAAGCGCGGGGCAGCCGUUAUCGAUUCCACCAAGGAACCGCCCAUUUUAUACUUCACGACGUAUCAAUCAGCCGGAUUGGAAGAUCUGAGCAUUGAAGCGCGGAAGAAGGGAUCCGUUCUGUUUCAGAUUCCAGUCACGGAGAUCCAGGAGGUGCGGAAGACGGAAGGAUUGGGGUGGAAGGGCAAGUUGAUUGUUGAAUUGACGGCUGGUAGUAAAGAGGCUGCCGAUGGAAUGGUCGUGGUCGGCAAGGAGAUCGGGCAAUCGUUCCAUCUUACGGGUAUGAGGUCUCGGAAUCAGUUGUUCAAUCGAUUGGUUGCAAUUGAUGCGCAGUUUUGGGAGAGCCGGUGA